UGUGACAUCCACCCCCCCUGAGCCACACUGUCAGGGCUACAGCCCACCGCCUCAGUUUAACAUUAGGAGGCUAGCAGUGAUCCAACAUCCAUAAUGUUAGACAACGAUGAGUUCAUGUUGGAGACUUCCCCGCGGGAGCUCACCCAGAACCCGCUUAGGAAGAUCUGGAUGCCGUGUAAAAACGGGCACAUAGCUCAGAGACGGGUAUGUAUGACAAACUGCCCGACCCUUAUUGUGACUGUUGGACUUCCAGCUCGAGGGAAGACUUACAUUUCAAAGAAGCUUACACGCUACUUAAACUGGAUAGGUGUGCCAACCAGAGAGUUCAAUGUUGGCCAGUACCGGAGGGAGUGUCUAAAGAUCUACAAGUCCUUUGAGUUCUUCCGUCCAGAUAAUGAAGAGGGGUUAAAAAUCAGACGCCAGUGUGCGUUGGCAGCACUUAAUGAUGUCCGGCAGUACCUGAGUGUGGAAGGAGGACAGGUGGCGGUGUUUGAUGCCACAAAUACAACAAGAGAAAGACGAGGAACCAUCAUCAAGUUCGCUGAGCAGAAUGGAUUCAAGGUAUUUUUUGUGGAGUCUGUGUGUGAGGACCCAGAUGUUAUUGCACAAAACAUAGUGCAAGUUAAGUUGGACAGCCCAGACUACACACACUGCAACACAGAGGAGGUCAUUGAGGACUUCAUGAAGAGGAUCAAGUGUUACGAGUCCUCCUACCAGCCUCUGGACGAGGUUCUGGACAGGGAUCUGUCCUACAUAAAGAUCAUGGACGUGGGCUGUCGUUACCUGGUGAACCGCGUCCUUGACCACAUCCAAAGCCGAAUCGUCUACUACCUGAUGAACAUUCACAUCACGCCACGCUCCAUCUACCUGUGUCGCCACGGGGAGAGCGACCUCAACAUCAAGGGACGGAUCGGAGGAGACUCUGGCUUGUCCGCCAGAGGAAAAGAGUUUGCCAAAAGUCUGAGGAAAUUCAUCCAGGACCAGAACAUCAAAGAUCUGAAAGUGUGGACCAGCCAAAUGAAGAGGACAAUUCAGACAGCGGAGUGCUUGGGAGUGCCGUAUGAACAGUGGAAGUCCCUCAACGAAAUAGAUGCUGGUGUGUGUGAGGAAAUGAUGUACGAGGAGAUCCAAGAGCAUUACCCUCUGGAGUUUGCACUGAGAGACCAAGACAAGUACCGCUACCGCUAUCCUAAAGGAGAGUCUUAUGAAGACCUGGUGCAGCGACUGGAGCCUGUGAUCAUGGAGUUGGAGAGACAGGAGAAUAUUCUGGUCGUUUGUCACCAGGCCGUCAUGCGUUGUCUUCUUGCAUAUUUCCUGGACAAGACUGCAGAUGAGUUGCCUUACCUUAAGUGUCCUUUGCACACGGUUUUGAAGUUGACCCCCAUGGCUUACGGAUGUAAAGUGGAGUCUGUCUAUUUAGGCGUGGAUUCUGUGAACACACAAAGAGACAGGCCAGAGGUAGGUAUCCCAGGCAGCACACAGAAAUGUCUCUCAGCAGACGACGUAGAAAACUUGAAUCCGCUUCAGGGUUGAUUCACCUCACUGCACAUCUUGUAUCGGGGACUCAAGCAGGAGAAUGCCUCACAGUGAACACUUUAACUGUAAAAGCUGUGUGUGACUUUCUUUGAUUUCUGGAAAGGCCCAUUGUAUGUCUUCCAUCAUAUUUAUCCUGCAUCUCCCUCCUGAAGCAAGGCUUCACAGUCAGUGCUGAUCCGUCCCUCUCUUCUUAUUGCACAGAUAAUGUAAAUCUUUCACACAUGGCAGAGGAAACCGUGUUCAGUCUCCAUCUACCAGUGAUCCCUGACAGCAAUCAAGACAACUGUGACAUCACUUACCAUUGACACUCCUACCUCCAUCCUGUCAGCAAUGACUUUUCUCUCAUUUCAUUUUUGCCUUUCAGUCGGAGCAGAAAUUGGCUUUUUCCUACAUUGGCCCUGAGAGCUCAACGCACUGCAACUUCAGAAAACACAUUUAAAUAAGACAAAAUGCUGAGAAAACACAACCCUACAAAUCUCACAGAACACAAUGGAAAUUAAUAAAACAAAAGAGGCUGGCUAUAUUAACCUCUUAGCAUUCCACCCCCUUUUUAAAGGGGUGGGAUGUUCAGGGGUAGAUAAAAGGUCAACAGUAUACGUCACAUAGAAGUGGUGUACAUCAUCUGAAAGCUGGGAACCUGAAGAUAAACUGAAGAUGCAGCUCAGCACUGUGUGUCAGGUUGUUCUAGUCAUAAAUCAGAAAUAAAAAAUAUUCGGGCGACCCAAUAGCCGUGUGAUUAGGGCGCAUACCACAUGGGUGCAAAUGCCCUGGGCAAUUAGUCGCCGGUUCGAUUCCCAGCUGGCCAGACCGUUUGCUGCAUGUUAUUCCCCUGGUGUAUAAGGGCUCAACAUUAUGAUUGAAAUUAUAUGAUGGCAUACCUACUAUAUGCUCACUUAUGUUUCAUAAGUUGUUGCAGCAAUUUUUGGGUUGAUACCAUUUGUUUCACAGAUUUGGUACUAAAUUUAACAAUUGUUUACCACUCGAAAAUUGAUAAAAAUGGUCGGAAAUUCCUCCAUAACACCACAUUAAGACACCAAAACCUUGAGGAACACCAUAGACAAAUGUAUGCUGUGAUUAUGGUUAAGAUGUUUUCUCCAUUUGCUUGUGUUUUGACUAGUUGCAGGGUGCUGAGUUCUCAGGUCCAACACAUUUUUUCUCCCUUUUACAUCUUUGUAGGGUUAGCGUACUUGUGCGUCUAUAUUUGUUAGGACCAAUUUGACUUAGACCUUGGGAGUGAGGACAUUUGGGCUGGACCUUUUUAAAGGGCUGUUUGAGGGUCCAGACUUGGUUUUAGAGUCAAGGUUAGAAUUAGGUUUAAAUUCAGUUUAGGGUAAGGGGCUAGGAAAUGCAUUGUCAAUGAGGUUCCUCACAAGUGUAGAAGUAGCCUAUAUGUAGCUCGUAUAACCCAUUGUACAUAUCAGCUUUCUCAUUUGAUUUUUUCUGUGCAUGCGUGCGUGUGUAAAUCUUUAAAUACCAUGUAGUUUGUUUUUUAACAAUGAAUGUUACCCUGAUUUAAUUAAAAUAAAGCCUGUUUUUUAUACUUCUGCAUACAAAUGACAAAUACAUUUACCUCAACAUGCUGCAUAUGAAUUGACGCACAAUAUAAUUUUCAUUGCAGUAAGUUUUUUUAAGCUAAUCUUUGUCUCUAUGUUAACACGUUUUUACUGUUUAAAUGUGAAGGGUUAAUGUGAAAUGCCCAACAAAAUUUGCAUCACUAGACCGCUCGAAUCAAGAUGUUCACUGUUAACUAUAACAUCAUUAAUAGUGUUAACUGGUUGUUGGAGAUCAAAUGUAAACUAACAGAUUUCUUUGUGUUUGUGAAGGUUAUUAUAAAUAUAAAAAUCCAAAUGGGAAAAAUAAACACUU